AUGUGUGACUGUGAAACACAAAAAUUGGACAAAUGAAACUCACUACCUUGGCCAGAGCCUCAUCAUCUCUAACAACAAAACUCUAUAAUCACUUUUCAAAAACAACCAAAAUCAAAUCAAGUUCAUCACUUUCUUACAAACCCACUUCCAUAAACCCUAAACCUAAAACCCCAUUACAUCUCAGACCACCAAUUUUCACCACAACAUCAUCCAACCUCUCAAAAUUCCAAGAAUGGGCUAAAACCCUAAACACAUCAGUCAGCCCAUCUUUCACAAACAAAGAAAAUCUACACACAGAACUUAAAUGGCUAAUCCAAGAUGCUUUACAAGACCCAACUUCCUUACAAAAUCUUGGAUGUCAAAACGACGCCGUUUUGGAAAUGAGAGCUGAAUUGGGUGAUCUUUAUAUGUUAUGGAAACAGAGGAUUGAAAAAAGAAGGCCUUUUCAGUAUAUAGUUGGGUGUGAGUAUUGGAGAGAUUUGGUUUUGUGUGUUGAAGAAGGGGUUUUGAUUCCAAGGCCUGAAACCGAAUUAAUUGUCGAUUUUGUUGAUGAUUUGAUUAAAGGAAAUGAGGAUUUGAAAAAUGGUUUGUGGGUUGAUUUAGGGACUGGUAGUGGUGCAAUUAGUAUUGGGAUUGCAAGAAUUUUAGGGGAGUUUGGGAAAGUUGUUGCUACUGAUUUGAGUCCAUUUGCUGUUCAAGUUGCUUCGUAUAACGUCGAAAGGUAUAAUUUGCAGGAUAAAAUAUCAGUGAGGCAAGGAUCAUGGUUUGAACCUUUGAGUGAGUUUGAAGGACAAGUUGCAGGCCUUGUAAGCAAUCCACCAUACAUACCCAGUGGACACAUAAGUGGGCUCCAACCUGAAGUUGGUAGACAUGAACCGAUACUGGCAUUAGAUGGUGGGGAAGAUGGCAUGUCUGAUCUUCUGCAUCUUUGCAAUGGUGCUGCAUUGAUGCUAAAACCUGGUGGAUUUUUCGCAUUUGAGACAAAUGGUGAAGAUCAAUGCACUUUUCUUGUAGAACAUCUAGAAACAGUUCACAAGGGCAGCUUCAACAAUCUGAAGAUUAUACCAGAUUUUGCUGGCAUCAAACGUUUUGUAACCGGGAUCAGGUCAUGAGUUGUUAAAUUUUAGGUUUAACAUGUGACAGUUAAUACUCUUAUCUUAAAAGAUAUGCACAUCAUUCAAAUUAGAUUGUUUCUCAGUACUUUGAUAUUAUGCAUAUACAUAGAUAUUCAGUUUUCCUUGAUUA